AUGCAAGCGACGAUUCCUGAGAAUGAGGUAUCAGUCGACGAAGAGUACGAUCUUUGGAAGUCUAAUGUACCUCUCAUGUAUGACUUUGUGAGCGAGACCAAGUUGCUUUGGCCAUCGCUUACUAUCCAAUGGCUGCCUAGCAACGAUCGCUCCAACGAGCAGGAACUGAUCCUGGGCACUCACACCUCUGGCACAGAACAAAACUAUCUAAAGAUCGCCUCUGUGCACUUACCAGAUGAAGUUGUUUCAGAUGUGAAAUGCUCUGCCCCCUCUACAGAUGAUUCCAAGGAGAGUGGACAUCAACCACAGUCAAAAAUUAAAAUUGUUAGAAAAUUUGAACACCGCGACGAGGUUACUAGGGCGCGGUAUGCUCCGUUCAAUCCCAACUUGAUUGCUACAAUCAGUGGCAGCGGAAAAGUGUUUCUUUAUGAUAGAUCUAAAGACAGCGAUUCGGCACUAACGGCUGAGUUCUCUUUCCACAAAGAAAACGGCUAUGGGCUUAAUUUUAGUGUUAUAUCGCCGGGAGAACUUCUUUCCUGCUCUGAUGAUGGCUCAAUAGCUAUCUGGGAUGUCUGUAGUGGUAAGAACACGCCAGUAAAAGUUGACACUAGUCAUAACAAUAUCGUCAAUGAAUGCAAAUGGCACGAAAAGUCACCAUUUUUGUUUGGCUCUGUGUCUGAUGACUCCACGCUAAUUAUCCAUGACAAAAGGAUUGACAAGCCGGUGGUGAAAAUUCUUCAGUCUGAGCCUUACAAUACACUGGCGUUUAGCAAGCACUCCAGCAAUUUAUUUGCGGCUGCAGGCACUGAUUCUCAGGUCCAGCUUUACGACUUAAGGAAACCUGAAGCUCCGAUUCAUAGCAUGUCAGGUCACCACGAUUCCGUGACAAGCUUAGAAUUUGCACCCCACAAAGACGGUAUAUUAUGUUCAGGCAGCUCUGACAGAAGGGUGUUAAUCUGGGACCUUUUUCAAAUAGGUGCUGAGCAACAACAAGAAGACGCUGAUGAUGGUGUUCCUGAACUGUUGAUGAUGCAUGCUGGCCAUAAAAGCCCAGUAAAUGAUUUUUCUUGUAGCCCUAAUAUUCCAUGGUUAAUGGCCAGUGUCGAAGAAGAAAACGUUGUUCAAAUUUGGAAAGCAUCUAAAAAACUCACAAGCCCUUAUAUUCCUCGAGAUUACAAUAUCCGCUCCCUCGAGUAA